GACCUAAAGGCCCAGGACAUGUGCAAGUUCGGCAUGGACCUGGACGACGUGGCGGAGGACGUGGAGGUCGGAGAGGCAGUGGGCGCGGUGACGGGGGAGCUCCUGGGGGUGGAGGCGGGGGCGUUCGGCUUCGCGCUGGAGGUGGAGGUCGGAGUCGUGGUGGUGGAAGCGGACGUCUGGCUGGAGGCGGGGGCGGAGGAGGGGAAGUGUUGCUUCAGCGGGUAUGGCGUCGAAGGCUCGUGCGUGGCGGGCUACUGCGCUUUGCAGGACUUCCGCAACGGGGCGAAGAGGGUGGACGUGAACCUGCGCUUCAUCUCCGUGAGGUACUUCCACGAGUCAGGCUUCCGCCUCCGUGGUCUCCGCCAGGACAGCCUGGAGGCCAUCCAGGUGCUCAGGCGUACGGUGCCAGAGGACUUUGAGAGGGCGCUAUACCCCUUCCUCGGGCUGUUGAACGCCAACACGCUUCGCCUCAGCAUCAACGCCACCAGCGGCGACUGCCACCCGAACGAGGCGUGCGUCGUGACCAUCGGCAGGGCGAUCGAGGGCGCGUCCACGAGGGUGCUGCCCGGCAUGGAGUCGGCGCUGAGGGUCUCCAUGGAAAUCUCCAACCUCGCGGGCUCGCUCCUGAACAUGGCGCGCCCCCAAAUGGGGGGCCGCAUCGGCCUGAAUCUCCUCAGCGUCGUCACGUUGCUCGCGGCCACCCGGCUCCUGCAGUGUGAG